GAUUGGCUGCGGCACGAGCACUCUUCAACCUCUCCCUGUUGAGAGAGAGAUAGAACGCAUGCAUUCAGAAUUGAAGCCGAGAAUGCGUUCCAAGCCGAGGCAUGCCCUGCACUUAUCCCGGCACCCUCGACUCCGGAAACAUCGUCCACUUCAUUUGACCUAUAAGAACGUUCGUCAGUCUGCUCCACUCUUCUCUAUUGCUCCCCGCUAGAGUUCUUUCACUCUAGCUUUCUGCCUUGAGUCUUACCACUAUCACCUACCAACAUGCCCGCCCAAUUACUUUCUCAACCCAAUCCCCCGCCCGACCCGUCGCAUAUCCCCGACUCCAUCCUCAGUCUCAGAGUCGACGUCCCCAAGAAUGUUCUCUCCUCCAACGAGCUCGAUAGCAUCAGGCGUUUCAGGCGGGCUGCAGAUUACAUCGCAGCAGCGAUGAUCUUUUUGAAAUCAAAUACACUCGUCGAGGAACCUAUCAAGCCAGACGAUAUCAAGCACCGUCUUCUCGGCCACUGGGGUACCUGCCCAGGUCUCGUUCUCGUCUAUGCUCACCUGAACGCAAUCAUCACCCGUACAAACCUUAACUCUCUCCUCGUCGUCGGUCCAGGCCACGGCGCACCCGCUAUUCUCGCCUGUCUAUGGCUCGAGAACUCCUUGGCUACUUUCUGGCCCAAGUAUACCCGAGAUAGACAAGGUCUUUCCGCACUCAUCAGGGGAUUCAGUGUCCCCGGAGGUUUCCCAAGUCAUAUCAACGCCGAAACCCCGGGCUCCAUCCACGAAGGUGGAGAACUCGGCUACGCGUUGAGCGUUUCCUUUGGUGCGGUCAUGGACAAGCCUGACCUCGUCGUGUGCUGUGUUGUCGGAGAUGGUGAGGCUGAGAGUGGUCCUACCGCUACCGCGUGGCAUGCAUACAAGUACAUCGAUCCCGCCGAAUCAGGUGCAGUCUUACCCAUCGUACACGUCAACGGGUUCAAGAUCUCGGAGAGGACGAUCUACGGAUGUAUGGACGAUAAAGAAUUGACGGCUCUCUUUGUCGGCUACGGCUACCAACCUCGAUUUGUCGAAGAGCUCAAUGACAUCGAUCAAGAUCUCGCUUCGAGUAUGCAAUGGGCUCUCGACGAGAUCCAUAAGAUUCAGAAGGCUGCACGUAGUGGAAACCCGAUCGUUAAGCCCAGGUGGCCCGUUCUUAUCCUUAGGACGCCGAAGGGCUGGUCAACGAUUAAAAGCCUUCAUGGUGAAUACAUCGAAGGCUCAUUCCGGUCUCACCAAGUACCUCUACCCGAAGCCAAAAAUGAUCCUGAAGAACGCAAGAUGCUUCAAGCGUGGUUGGAAAGUUAUAAACCCAGCGAGGUUUUGCCAAACGGCGAGCCUUCAGAGGAAGUUUUGAGUAUAAUCCCCAAGGAGGACAAACUGAAACUGGGUCAGAAGAAGGAAGCUUAUGCUGCGUAUGAGCCGAUCGAUGUCCCUGCUUGGAUCGAUCAUGGCGUCAAGAAAGGUACUCAGGAGAGUUGCAUGAAAGUUGUUGGCAAGUUCUUGAACCUCGUCACUCACAGCAACCCAACCUCCUUCCGAAUUUUCUCUCCUGAUGAGCUCGUCUCCAACAAACUCGACGCCGUACUUGAAGACGCUGAUAGCGGACGUAACUUCCAAUGGGACCCUGCUUCUCGUGCUAAGGGUGGUCGUGUGAUCGAAAUCUUGAGCGAACAUACUUGUCAGGGAAUGUUGCAAGGAUAUACAUUGACGGGAAGGACAGGGUUGUUCCCCAGUUAUGAAGCUUUCCUUGGAAUUGUGCAUACGAUGAUGGUGCAGUAUAGCAAGUUUGUCAAGAUGGCCCACGAGACAACCUGGCGUCAACCCGUUGGUUCUCUUAACUACCUCGAGACCUCCACCUGGGCUCGUCAAGAACACAAUGGAUUCUCGCAUCAGAAUCCUGCCUUCAUCGGCGCCGUGCUCGACCUGAAGCCUUCUCUUGCUCGUGUCUAUCUCCCGCCUGAUGCCAAUUGUUUCCUGAGCACGGUGGCGCAUUGCUUAAGGGCUAAGGAUUAUGUGAAUUUGAUGGUCGGGAGUAAACAACCUACACCUGUUUGGUUGAGUCCCGAGGAAGCAGAUCGACACUGUAUCGCUGGCGCGUCUAUCUGGAAGUUCGCCUCUACCGAUGAUGGUCUGGAGCCCGACGUCGUCCUCGUGGGUAUCGGCGUGGAAGUCACUUUCGAAGUGAUCGCUGCUGCGGCCCUACUCCGCAAGCUCGUUCCUCAACUCCGUGUUCGUGUCGUGAACGUGACGGAUUUGAUGAUCCUGGGACCUCAAGGGAGUCACCCGCAUGCGUUGGAGGAUACGGAUUGGGAUGCGUUGUUCACGGGUGAUGGGGAGUCUGAUGGGAAAGGAAGGAGAUAUAUUCAUUUUAAUUAUCAUGGAUACCCUGUGGAGUUGAAGGGAUUGUUGUUUGGAAGGCAGGGGUUGGAGCGGGUUACUAUCGAAGGGUACCGCGAGGAAGGCACUACGACGACGGCUUUGGAUAUGAUGCUCCAGAAUCAUACGUCUCGUUAUCACGUCGCUGCUGCCGCCAUUCGCGGAGGUGCAAAGGUCAAUAAGAAAGUAGAAGUGGAUGCGCAUGAGAUGAUUAGUUACGUCAUGCAUUUGGCGCAAAAGGAUAGGGAGUAUAUCUAUGCUAAUGGUGCUGGUGAGUAUCCUGAGGGUACUUUCGACGUGCCCAAGUUUGACUAGAUGCCUUUGUCUAUGCAUUUCAUUCUCUCUGCACGCUUUCUCUCCUUCGGUUCGAGACGUCUUCGAUUGAUACAUACCUCCACCGGCUUUCUCUCCCUCUCUCGCAUUCUCAUCCUUAUACCAUGAUGAUCUCCCUGACCGCUUUCGGGUCCCUUCAUACCUUAUGUGGACGUCAUGUCUCGCACAUCGGCACGUUACCACUCUAUAUCUCGUCGUCUUGCAGUAUUGCAUUGUUGUACCGUUGUACGUGUACGAAUUAUUCCCCCACCUCUUUCGACGUCUGUUUUGUAUACACGCAUUUUCACGAUUUUGUUGUAGUUGUACAUGUAAAUCUGUACUAUUAAUUUUUGUCUGGAAUGGAUGUAGAAAAUCAAUAGAAACUAGAUUUGGCUUCUUUUCUUU